GGCCGUAACCUGAAGUCGAAACAAAACAAGCGGCUGAGGCGGCGGCUGAGGCGGCGGCGGUGGCGCCGGGACGGGGGGAGGGGCGCGCCGGAACCGGAACCGAGCUGACGCCGGAACCGGAACCGGGAGCGGGUUGCCAGGGCCCGCAGAGGGCUGGCGGCGGCGGCCUAGCUCGGCCAUCGGUUCCUCGCUAGAGUGCUUGGCCUCCAAGAGUUGCCAAGAUAGCUGGGCCAGGAAGAAAGCGUCGUAGCCCUGACCCAGACGCCGUUGCCGACCCGGGGGCACUCUGGCUGUCGACCAAGCGGCUCAAGAUGUCUGGUGGGGCCAGUGCCACAGGCCCGAGGAGGGGGCCUCCAGGACUUGAGGAGACCACCAGUAAAAAGAAACAGAAGGACCGAGCAAAUCAGGAGAGCAAGGAUGGCGAUCCCCGGAGAGGUGCAGCAGCCACUCGCGAGGAGCAAACCAAAGAGGAACUGUUGCUGGAUUGGAGGCAGAGUGCAGACGAGGUGACUGUCAAGCUGCGCGUGGGAGUGGGUCCCCUGCAGCUGGAGGAGGUGGCUGCUGCUUUCACAGACACAGACUGUGUGGUUCGACUUCCAGGUGGUCAAGAGUGGGGCGGUGUCUUUUAUGCCGAGAUAGAAAGUUCUUGCACUAAAGUGCAGGCUCGCAAAGGUGGCCUUCUGCAGCUGACGCUGCCUAAGAAGGUGCCUCUGCUCACUUGGCCCUCUCUCCUGAAGAAACCUCUAGGGACCCAGGAGUUGGUGCCAGGGCAACGGUGCCAGGAGAAUGGGCAGGAGCUAUCUCCUGUUUCUCUGGAGCCGGGCUCGGAACCCCGACGGACUAAGCAGGAGGCCCGGAACCAGAAACGGGCCCAGGGCCGUGGUGAGGUAGGCUCAGGGGCUGGCCCUGGGACCCAGGCAGGGCCCAGCGCCAAGAGGGCUGUUCAUCUCCGCAGAGGGCCAGAGGGGGAAGGGUCCAGAGAUGGCCCUGGACCUCGGGGCGAUGCCCCCCCUUUCUUGGCAGAGCCAGUCACUCAGGCUGAGGCUGAGGAACAGCUCCAGGUACCGCCACUAAGCCCCCAGACCUGCCUUCUGGGUUCAGAGGAGAACCUAGUACUUUUGGCCGGAGAGAAGGUAUCCCCCAGGAAUGACCCAGUCUCUCCAGUCUCGGCCCGCAGCAGAGAUUCUGAGAAAGGCGACCGGUCCAAAGAGGAGAUGGCAGGAGCGGCAGAUGCCGCACGCUUGGUGGAUGGUAAAGCGCCCGAAUCUGUGGUGAACCUCGCCUUUGUGAAGAACGAUUCCUACGAGAAGGGACCAGACUCGGUGGUGGUGCACGUGUACGUGAAGGAGAUCUGCAGGGAAGCCUCUCGAGUGCUCUUCCGGGAGCAGGACUUCAUGCUUAUUUUCCAGACCAGGGACGGGAACUUCCUGAGGCUGCACCCGGGUUGUGGACCCAAUACCGUCUUUCGCUGGCAGGUGAAGCUCAGGAACCUGAUUGAGCCAGAGCAGUGCACCUUUUGCUUCACGUCCUCUCGCAUUGAUAUUUGCCUCCGUAAACGGCAGAGUCAGCGCUGGGGGGGCCUGGAGGCCCCAGCUGCACGAGGUGCAGUGGGUGGUGCAAAGGUUGCUGUGCCGACAGGUCCAACCCCUUUGGAUUCAGCACCACCAGGAGGUGCUCCCCUCCCCCUGACAGGCCAGGAGGAAGCCCGUGCUUUGGAGAAGGAGAAACCCAAGGCUCGACCUGAGGACACAGGGCUGGAUGGCGUAGCCGCCCGGACUCCCUUGGAGCACGUGGCCCCCAAACCAGAGCCACACCUGGCCUCGCCCAAGCCCACGUGUAUGGUGCCUCCAAUGCCCCACAGCCCUGUGAGCGGAGACAGUGUGGAGGAAGAGGAGGAAGAGGAGAAGAAGGUGUGCCUGCCUGGCUUCACCGGCCUUGUCAAUCUAGGCAACACCUGCUUUAUGAAUAGCGUCAUUCAGUCUCUGUCUAACACUCGGGAGCUCCGGGAUUUCUUCCAUGACCGCUCCUUUGAAGCUGAGAUCAACUACAACAACCCACUGGGGACUGGGGGACGUCUGGCCAUUGGCUUCGCUGUGUUGCUCCGGGCUCUGUGGAAGGGUACUCAUCAUGCCUUCCAGCCUUCUAAGUUGAAGGCCAUUGUAGCGAGCAAGGCCAGCCAGUUCACGGGCUAUGCACAGCACGAUGCCCAGGAGUUCAUGGCUUUCCUGCUGGAUGGGCUGCAUGAGGACCUGAAUCGCAUCCAGAAUAAGCCCUACACAGAGACUGUGGACUCGGAUGGGCGGCCCGAUGAGGUGGUGGCCGAGGAAGCAUGGCAAAGACACAAGAUGAGGAAUGACUCUUUCAUCGUAGACCUAUUUCAGGGCCAGUACAAGUCAAAGCUGGUGUGCCCUGUGUGUGCCAAGGUCUCCAUCACUUUUGACCCAUUCCUCUACCUGCCGGUGCCCUUGCCACAGAAGCAGAAGGUUCUCCCCAUCUUCUAUUUUGCCCGGGAACCCCACAGCAAGCCUGUUAAGUUCCUGGUGAGCAUCAGCAAGGAGAAUUCCAGUGCAAGUGAGGUGCUGGACUCCCUCUCUCAGAGUGUUCACGUGAAGCCUGAGAACCUGCGUCUCACUGAGGUGAUUAAGAAUCGCUUCCAUCGUGUGUUUUUGCCAUCCCACUCACUGGACACCGUGUCCCCAUCUGACGUGCUCCUCUGCUUUGAGCUGCUAUCCCCAGAAUUGGCGAAGGAGCGGGUGGUGGUGCUAGAGGUACAGCAGCGACCCCAGGUACCCAGCAUCCCCAUCUCCAAGUGUGCAGCCUGCCAGCGGAAGCAGCAGUCAGAGGAUGAGAAGCUGAAGCGUUGUACUCGGUGCUACCGUGUCGGCUACUGUAACCAGCUCUGCCAGAAAACUCACUGGCCUGACCACAAGGGUCUCUGCCGCCCUGAGAAUAUUGGCUACCCCUUCCUGGUCAGUGUACCUGCCUCACGACUCACUUACUCCCGUCUUGCUCAACUGUUAGAAGGUUAUGCCCGGUACUCUGUGAGUGUAUUUCAGCCCCCUUUCCAGCCUGGCCGAGUGACAUUGGAGUCCCAGGGCUCUGGCAGCACCACACUACUCUCCACUAGCUCCUUGGAGGCUGGGGACAGUGAGAGGGACCCCAUUCAACCCCCUGAGCUCCAGUUGGUGACCCCUGUGGCUGAGGGGGACACAGCAGCUCCACGAGUGUGGACAACCCUUGAUCGGUGCCCUGUGCCCAGUACCAGUGGAGUUUCUUCUGAGGUGCUGGCCAGUGGGCCCGUUGACGUCAGCUCCUUGCCUGCUGGUGAGAGGAUGUCCCGGCCUGAAGCUGCUGUGCCAGGGUAUCAGCACCCAAGUGAAGCUCUGAACGCCCACACAUCCCAGUUCUUCAUCUAUAAGAUCGAUGCAUCUAGCCGAGAGCAGCGGCUGGAAGACAGAGGUGAUACUCCCCUGGAGCUAGGUGACGACUGCAGCCUAGCUCUAGUCUGGCGGAAUAACGAGCGCCUGCAGGAGUUUGUGUUGGUAGCCUCCAAGGAGCUGGAGUGUGCCGAGGAUCCAGGCUCCGCUGGUGAGGCCGCCCGUGCUGGCCACUUCACCCUGGACCAGUGCCUCAACCUCUUCACGCGGCCUGAGGUGCUGGCACCCGAGGAGGCCUGGUACUGCCCGCAGUGCAAGCAACAUCGCGAGGCCUCCAAACAGCUGCUGCUGUGGCGCCUACCAAACGUCCUCAUCGUACAGCUCAAACGCUUCUCCUUUCGGAGCUUCAUCUGGCGUGACAAGAUCAACGACUUGGUGGACUUCCCUGUUCGGAACCUGGACCUGAGCAAGUUCUGCAUUGGUCAGAAGGAAGAGCAGCUACCCAGCUACGACUUGUAUGCCGUCAUCAAUCACUACGGAGGCAUGAUCGGCGGCCACUACACCGCCUGUGCGCGCCUGCCCAGUGACCGCAGCAGCCAGCGCAGUGACGUGGGCUGGCGCUUGUUUGACGACAGCACGGUGACGACAGUAGACGAGAGCCAGGUGGUGACGCGCUAUGCCUAUGUACUCUUCUACCGCCGGCGGAACUCUCCCGUGGAGAGGCCUCCCCGGGCGGGUCACUCUGACCAUCACCCAGACCUAGGCCCUGCAGCUGAGGCUGCUGCAAGCCAGGCUUCCCGGAUUUGGCAGGAGCUGGAGGCUGAGGAGGAGCCAGUACCUGAGGGGCCUGGGCCCCUUGGUCCCUGGGGGCCCCAAGACUGGGUGGGCCCCCCACCACGUGGCUCUACCACACCAGACGAGGGCUGCCUCCGGUACUUUGUUCUGGGCACGGUGGCAGCUUUGGUGGCCCUCGUGCUCAACGUGUUCUAUCCUCUGGUGUCCCAGAGUCGCUGGAGAUGAGCUCGCCUGCAGGCAGCUGCCAUGAGCUGUCCUACCUGCCUGCCCACCAGGCCAUGCCUGCCUCUGGUGGGAAUCAACUCUGGGCCGUAGUCUGUACAUCUUGGGAGACAGGGUGGGGACUGGGGCCCUACAGGGCAGAGGAUCUUAGGGUGGUUGUCCAUCCAGCUGUCUUGUCCAUUUGUCCUGCUGCUCUGACCCAUGGCCUGGUGCUUAGCCCUGCCCAAGCACCUUCUUGUAUUUAAAGUGUUAAUAAAGCGAGACUGUUCAGGCCCGA